UUACUUGUAGAUCACCAUUCUGAUCUGAACACACAUGACGUAAUGCUGGAUUUCGUUAAAUGCCACGAGCUACACAAAGAGGGGGCUGUUCGGAAUUACUAAUAACUGACGCGAAAAUGGUGCAACAUGAGCUUGGUUUCUUUUAUGUCAUUCAUAACCGUUACUUGAACACUUACUUAAAGCAUAAUUUUUACUUCUUCAUUGGCAUUAAUACCAUGCACAGGGUUACAUUGGAGUUCGUACAUUAGACGAGCUUAACCCGUGUUUUGUACAAGCUGGAAUGACCAGAUUUUUGUGCAACGAAAUUCCCGACUAUAGGUCGUCACACCACUCAGAUAGAACAGUGCUUUGGGCUGUGACAACUUCCAGAAACGCAAUGAAGGCUUCAGCGCAAAUAUUGCUUACGCUUCCAGCCUUGUUUGCGCCUCAAGUAUUGUUAGAACGCAUAAAUCAACCAGGUUGCGGUAAUGCAAAACCUCUCGGAAGGAUUGUCAAUGGGAAGGAAGUGGAUCGCACUCGCAUGCCGUGGAUAGUGUAUUUGCUCACCGUCUACAUGGACAGGCCUGGUCAUUUCAAGCCAGAGUUGUGCGGUGGGAGUAUAAUAUCGCCGAGCUUCAUACUUACUGCAGCACAUUGUGUAGUCGGCGGCGUACGACGGCCGCGUUCAGUUCAUGUCAAGUACAAUGCGACUCGGGCAGACGAAGGACCCAGUGCUUUAGUGAAGAAAGUUGUUAUACACCCUCGCUUCAACAUGACCACACUGCAAAGUGACGUAGCUCUUUUAGAGUUGUCACAGCCACUGCGGUUUGGCAGAUUUGUCAAGCCCGUUUGCUUACCUUCGUGGAAAAUACAGCUGACCAACAAAAAAGUGAUUGCUGCUGGGUGGGGGCACGUAAGCGAUGACCAUGUCAGGACUGACCGGCUCCAUUAUAUCAAGACUACAGUGCUGCCCUUUAGGGACUGUCCACGUAGCUUCAACAACUCGGGACAUGAAUUCGCAAGUUCUGAAAUUUUCUGCACAGAAACAAAUGGCAAGGGAACAUGCCUGAUCCUCAUGGAUAGACUCAACCCUCGAGGCUGUGGUGUCGCAAGACCUCUUGGCCGGAUCUACAAUGGGAAGAAAAUUGGUCGCGUUUACAUGCCCUGGAUAGUGCAUGUCUCACCGGCCUCCAAGUUUGAUCCUGUUACACACGAAAUUACAAUUCAGGAUUGCGGUGGUAGCAUAUUAUCCCCUCGGUUCAUUCUGACGGCAGCGCAUUGCGUAGGAACAGGUGGCCAACGAGCAGCAGAUGUUAGAGUUUAUUACAAUACCACACACGUAGGUAAAGGACCCUUCACUGUGACUAAAGAAUUUGUAGCACACCUGCUUUACAAAAAGAACUCAGCCGGAUACGACAUAGCGCUUCUAAAGCUGGCGGAACCUCUUCGGUUUGACCAGUAUGUGAGACCGAUAUGUUUACCUUCGCGUCCACGCUCUCUGAAGAACAAGGACGCAUUCAUAGCUGGGUGGGGAAGGUCAAACGAGACUGCAUCGUCACCUUGGCUCCACUACUUCAAGACAAAGAUUGUGCCAUUUCAUGAAUGCCAGAGGACAUACGAGUCUCUGCAAAGGAAGGACGCUGUCGGAAGUGCGGAACUUGUUUGCGCAGGAGUAAAAGGCAAAUCCAUAUGUGUGGGUGACUCGGGCGGGCCAUUGACCAUCUGGCAAAGAAAUCGUCAAAGAUACCUGCAAGUCGGUAUAGCGUCCUUCAGCACCAAGAGGGGCGGAUGCACUAAUCAGCAACACCCGUCUGGAUUCACCCGUGUGUCGCACUUCCUGCCCUGGAUCCGAAGAUUGAUGCAGGAAGACUGGUGAAUCACGCAAGAUGAAAGUGGUCGUACGUGUAAGGAAGUGGUGCGAAUUUUCGCAAUACAUGUCUUGACGACUAAUGCAUUCGGAAAGCCUAAAUAAACGUGACUGCAGUGAUCGAA